AUGGCUUCAAUUCUCGACGAGUACGAGGACUCGCAAAACACCAGGCAAAGUGCGCAGCAGCACAGCCGCCUGUCGUCUACCAACAUCGGGAUUACACAUUCAGGUUUUGUGAACGUGCGACUGGAGGAAGAGAAACCGAUAUUCAACAAACAGCGGAUUGAUUUUACCCCACCCGAGAAGAUAAACCAUCUUGCAGUUUGCAGCAAUCAGCUUUGCAUGAGUUUGGGAAAGGACACCCUGCUGAGAAUUGACCUGGCCAAACCAGAUCAACCUAAUCAGAUUGAAUUAGGAAGGAAAGAUGACAGUAAAGUGCACAAACUCUUCCUGGAUCCAACAGGCUCCCAUCUUCUGAUCAGCCUGACCACGAGUGAGUGUAUGUACCUUAACAGGAAUACCCAGAAGGUCCGCAGUUUGUCCCGCUGGAGAGGCCACCUCAUCGAGAGUGUGGGCUGGAACAAGCUGUUGGGCAAUGAAACAAACACAGGGCCCAUCCUUGUCGGUACCAGUCAGGGCAUCAUCUUUGAGGCUGAAAUCUCAACAAGCGAAGGCAGCCUGUUCAACACGAAUCCAGACCAAUACUUCAGACAGAUCCACUACUUAGAGGAGGAUGGAAAGCCUACACCAGUCUGCUGCCUGGAAAUAGAGCGGGGACUGGAGAACAAAUACUUCAUCAUCGCCACCACCCGCAAGCGUCUUUUCCAGUUUGUGGGUAAGGUGGCCGAGGGAUCAGAGCAGCAAGGCUUCAGCUCCAUCUUUACCCAGAACCAGGAUCUCCUUCCAAGUUUCCAGGAGUUCCCAGUCAACAUGGGCUACAGUGAGAUCACUUUUUACACCUCAAAGCUUCGUACCUCCCCCAAGGCUUUUGCUUGGAUGAUGGGUAACGGAGUCCUCUAUGGUCAGCUGGAUUAUGUCAGGCCUGAUUCUCUGCUGAGCGAUGUGCAGGUAUGGGAGUACACCACAGACAUUGACCUCAGUGUCAAUAAGCCCAUCUCCAUUGUGCUGACACAGUUCCACUUCCUGCUGUUGCUCCAUGACCGAGUUAAGGCCAUCUGCACUCUGAAUGGACAGGUGGUCUACGAGGAUGUGUUCCCGGAUAAAUUUGGCUUGCUCAAGAGAAUGAUCAAAGACCCAGUUGGCGGGUUGGUCUGGAUCUAUACUGAGCGUGCUGUCUUCCGGUAUCACAUCCAGCGAGAGGCCAGAGAUGUAUGGCAGAUGUACAUGAGCAUGAGUAAAUUCGAUCUGGCCAAAGAAUACUGCCGUGACCGACCUGAGUGCAUGGACAUGGUGCUGGCCAAGGAGGCUGAGCACUGCUUCCAGAAUAAGCGAUACCUGGAGAGCGCCAAGUGCUAUGCAUUAACACAGAACUACUUUGAAGAGAUAGCUCUCAAAUUCAUUGAGGCUAAACAAGAGGAAGCCCUGAAGGAGUUCUUGUUGAAGAAAUUAAAUAAUUUGAAACCAAAUGAAAGAACACAGAUCACCUUGCUGGUUACCUGGCUAACAGAGCUCUACUUAAACCGCCUUGGCCAGCUGGAGAGCGAUGGUAACACCAUCAUCUUCCAAGAGACCCGCGAUGAGUUCCGUCAGUUCCUUAACAGCUCCAAGCACAAGGACUGCCUGUUCAACAAUCGCAGCACCAUCUACGACCUGCUGGCCAGCCACGGCAACGUGGAUGACAUGGUUUACUUCUCCGUCGUCAUGCAGGACUAUGAGAGGGUGAUAUCCCACUACUGCCAACAUGACGACUAUAGUGCUGCUCUGGAUGUGCUCUCAAAGCACUGUGAUGAGAAGCUUUUCUACAAAUUUUCUCCUGUACUCAUGCAGCAUAUUCCCAAAAAAGUGGUAGAUGCCUGGAUUCAGAUGGGCAAGCGGCUGGACCCAAAGAAGCUCAUCCCGGCUCUGAUGAACUACAGCCAGAUGGGCAGCACCCAGCAGAUCAGCGAAACCAUCCGGUACAUGGAGUUCUGUGUGUAUGAGCUGAAUGUGACAGAGGAGGCCAUCCACAACUAUCUGCUCUCGCUUUAUGCAAAAUAUAAGCCGGACUCUCUGCUCAGGUAUCUAGAGCAGGCAGGCACACAUGCCUCAGAGAUCCAUUAUGAUCUGAAGUACGCCCUCAGGCUGUGUGCUGAACAUGGCUACCGCCAGGCCUGUGUACUGGUUUAUAAGAUUAUGGAGCUGUAUGAAGAAGCAGUGGAUCUUGCUUUACAAGUUGAUGUAGACUUGGCCAAGUCAUGUGCAGAUCUGCCUGAGGAUGAUGAGGAGCUUAGGAAAAAACUUUGGCUGAAGAUUGCCCGACAUGUGGUGCAGGAAGAAAAAGAUGUGAAGAAAGCCAUGAACUGUCUGUCCAGCUGUAACCUCCUCAAGAUUGAAGACAUCCUGCCCUUCUUCCCAGACUUUGUCACCAUUGAUCACUUUAAGGAGGCCAUCUGCAGCUCCCUGGAAGAAUACAACCAGCACAUUGAGGAGCUGAAGCAGGAAAUGGAGGAGGCCACAGAGAGCGCCAAACGCAUCAGAGAAGACAUCCAGGAAAUGAGGAACAAGUAUGGGGUGGUGGAUUCUCAGGAAAAGUGUGCUGCUUGUGACUUCCCCCUACUCAACAGGCCCUUCUACCUGUUCCUGUGUGGACACAUGUUCCAUUACGACUGCUUGUUUCAGGAAGUGACCCCUCACCUCUCAGUGUACAAACAGACUCGUCUGGAGGAGCUGCAGAAAAAGCUGGCUGCAGCAACACAGUCCUCGAAGUCCCGGCACCGCCUGGCUCCAAAGGACGAUGGAGACUCUUCCAGUCUGGGAAAGGGCACAAGCCGAGAGCAAAUAAAAUCAGACAUCGAUGAUAUCAUUGCAUCUGAAUGUGUGUACUGUGGAGAACUAAUAAUCAAGUCCAUUGACAAGCCUUUCAUUGAUCCACAGAAAUUUGAGGAGGAGAAAUCCAGCUGGCUAUGAACGACAUCACAUCUAUCUUAAUACACUAAUACUGGCCACCAUAUAUACUGUAUGUUUAUAAAACCGCAUCUCACAUAGGACUGACCUGUUAAGCGAGGACAGAUGUUCACCUGAUUGCCUGAUGGUUGUGCCUACUGCUGAACCAUUGUACCAGCUUCAGCUCUUCUCUUCAGAGGUCACUGUUUGUAAAGCUUAUUGGAAUACAUUUAGGUUGUAUUGCGUAAGCACCUGGUGAAAUCACCUGGACAUGAAUUGGCAUUGUGAGCAGUGAUUCAAGAGGAUGUAGUGAUGUAAAAUAAUGCCAUAGUGUUGUACAUGUGCCUGAACCUCCGAUUAUAAUGACAAGAAAUGAUUUGCAGACUUCAUCACUAAUCAGUUGGCUGUAUUAGGUUUUGCACUUGUUUGGUCCAUGAAAACAUAACCUGCACUAACACAUCAUCUGUGUCUCCUUGUUCAGUUAAGCAUCUUUGCUUUGCAGCUCUGUGAUAUCUGAUAAACUGUGAAAAUCAGCACUUUUAUUUGAGAUUUUCACUAUUUUGUAUUGAGCUGUAGCACAUUAAAGCUUUUCAGUUCUAAUUGUUCUAAUUGUUGCUUAUGGUGAUUAUUAUAUUUUAAUAAAGUAUGUUACAAAUGA